AUGUCGCUCGUCACGCUGCCCUUCUACCAGAAGAGACACAGGCACUUUGACCAGUCCUAUCGCAACAUUCAGACCAAGUACCUCAUGGAUGAGUACAUGGCCAGGAAGCAAGCGGCCACCCAGAUGUCCACCCGCACGGCGACAGCUCAUGCGGCAUCUUCACAGAACGUAUCCAGCCAGGCUUCCUCAGGGGGCACCACCUGCCGGUUGUGUGCCAAGCGGGUGAGCGCCGAGGAGGAGGAGCAGGAGAGUAAGAGCAGGUACCGCUCCCUGGUGGCCUCAUAUGGCGAGGCUAAGCGGCAGCGUUUCCUCAGUGAACUGGCCCAGCUGGAGGAGGACGUCCAUCUGGCACGGUCGCAGGCACGCGACAAGCUGGAUAAAUAUGCCCUCCAGCAGAUGGUGGCAGACACAAUGGCCUGGGAGAGGCACGUGUUUGAGGAGCGACUGAGCCGGGCACCUGAGAUCCUGGUGCGGCUGAGGUCCCACACUGUCUGGGAGAAGAUGUCCGUCAAGCUCUGCUUCACCGUGCAGGGCUUCCCCACACCUGUGGUGCAGUGGUACAAGGAUGGCAGCCUGAUCUGUCAGGCUGGGGAGCCAGGCAAGUACAGGAUUGACAGCAAGUACGGUGUGCACACGCUUGAGAUCAACAGGGCCAGCUUUGAGGACACGGCCACGUACUCGGCGGUGGCCACCAAUGUCCACGGGCAGGUGUCGACCAAUGCAGCCGUGGUGGUGCGGAGGUACCGAGGGGACGAGGAGCCGUUCUUUUCCGUGGGACUCCCAAUCGGCUUGCCCCUGGCUGCUGUGACCCCCUACAUGCACUUUGAUGUCCAGUUCUUGGAGAAGUUUGGGGUCACCUUUAGGACAGAAGGCGAGACUGUCACACUCAAGUGCACGUUGUUGGUGACCCCAGAACUGAAGAGGGUGCAGCCACGGGUCGAGUGGUACCGGGAUGACGUGCUGCUCACUGAGACCCGGUGGACCAAGAUGUUCUUCGGUGAGGGCCAGGCUUCGCUGUCCUUCAGCCAUCUGCACAAGGAUGAUGAGGGGCUGUACACCUUGAGGGUCGUGUCCCGCGGCGGCGUCAGCGACCACAGCGCCUUCCUGUUCGUCAGAGAUGCUGAUCCGCUGGUUACUGGGGCUCCUGGCGCCCCCAUGGACUUGCGAUGCCACGAUGCCAACCGGGACUAUGUCAUCGUAACCUGGAAGCCGCCCAACACCACCACCGAGAGCCCCGUCAUUGGCUACUUUGUGGACCGAUGUGAAGUGGGAACCAACAACUGGAUUCAGUGCAACGAUGCCCCCGUGAAGAUCUGCAAGUACCCUGUGACAGGGCUCUGCGAGGGCAGGUCCUACAUCUUCCGUGUACGGGCCGUCAACAGCGCUGGCAUCAGCCGGCCCUCCCGGGUCUCGGACGCGGUGGCCGCUCUGGACCCUGUGGACCUCAGGAGGUUACAAGCCAUUCAUCUGGAGGGCGAGAAGGAGAUUGUGAUCUACCAGGAUGACCUGGAAGGUGAGGUUCAGGUCCCAGGGCCUCCCACUGAUGUGCAUGCUGCUGAGGUCAGCAGGACUUACGUGGUGCUCAGCUGGGAGCCUCCAGUGCCCCGUGGCAAGGAGCCACUGAUGUACUUCAUUGAGAAGUCUGUGGUUGGGAGUGGCAGCUGGCAGCGUGUCAACGCUCAGACAGCCGUGCGGUCGCCUCGUUAUGCCGUCUUCGAUCUGGCUGAGGGGAAGCCUUAUGUGUUCCGGGUCCUGGCGGCCAACAAGCAUGGCCUCAGCGAUCCCUCAGAAAUCACGCCACCUAUCCAAGCACAGGACACGACUGUGGUCCCAUCUGCUCCUGGCCGUGUGCUGGCUUCUCGCAACACCAAGACUUCGGUGGUGGUGCAAUGGGACAGGCCGAAACACGAGGAGGACCUGCUGGGCUACUACGUGGACUGCUGUGUGGCAGGGACCAGUGUGUGGGAGCCGUGCAACCACAAGCCCAUCGGAUAUAACAGGUUUGUGGUACAUGGCCUGACCACGGGGGAACAGUACAUCUUCCGGGUAAAGGCUGUGAAUGCUGUGGGCACCAGUGAGAACUCCCAGGAGUCUGAAGUCAUCAAGGUGCAGGCUGCCCUCACCGUACCCUCUCGCCCAUAUGGGGUAACACUCCUGAACUGUGACGGCCACUCCAUGACUCUUGGCUGGAAGGUGCCUAAGUUCAGCGGUGGCACGCCCAUCCUGGGCUACUAUGUGGACAAGCGCGAGGUCCACCAUGAGAACUGGCAUGAAGUGAACGCUUCGCCGAUCCAGGAACGCAUCUUAACGGUGGAAGGCUUGACAGAAGGCUCACUCUACGAGUUCAAGAUUGCGGCCACCAACCUGGCGGGCAUCGGGCAGCCAUCAGACCCCAGCGAGCACUUCAUGUGCGAGGCCUGGACGGCACCAGAACCCGGCCCUUCCUAUGACCUGACGUUCUGCGAGGUCAGGGACACAUCGCUGGUUCUGCUGUGGAAAGCCCCAGUCUACUCAGGCAGCAGCCCCGUUUCCGGGUAUUUCGUGGACUUCAAGGAAGAGGAUUCCGGUGAAUGGAGCACUGUGAACGAGGCAGCAACUCCCAACCGCUACUUAAAGGUCUGUGAUCUGCACCAGGGCAGAACUUAUGUGUUCCGCGUGCGGGCAGUGAAUGCCAAUGGGGUGGGGAAACCCUCGGACGUGUCUGAACCCGUGCUGGUGGAGGCCAGGCCAGGCACCAAGGAAAUCAGUGCUGGUGUGGAUGAGGAAGGAAACAUCUAUCUGGGCUUUGACUGCCAGGAGAUGACAGAUGCAUCCCAGUUCACCUGGUGCAAGUCCUACGAGGAGCUCGCAGACCCAGAGCGCUUCCGUGUGGAGACAGAGGGUGACCACUCCAGGCUCUACUUCACAAACCCGGACAAAGCAGAUCUGGGGACAUACUCGGUGUCAGUGAGCGACACAGACGGUGUGUCCUCCAGCUUUGUUCUGGAUGAAGCCGAGCUUGAGCGACUGUUGGCCCUGAGCAAUGAGAUCAAGAACCCCACAAUUCCUCUGAAAUCCGAGUUAGCUUAUGAGAUUUUUGACAAGGGCCAGGUGCGCUUCUGGCUGCAGACGGAGCCCUUGUCACCGGACGCCAGCUUCCGCUUUGUCAUCAACGACAGAGAAGUGGCAGACAGUGAGACCCACAGGAUGAAGUGUGACAAGUCCACAGGCAUGAUUGAGAUGGUGAUGGACCGGUUUACCAUUGAGAAUGAAGGCACCUACACCGUGCAGAUCCAGGACGGCAAAGCCAGGACGCAGUCCUCACUGGUCCUCAUUGGGGACGCCUUCAGAGCUGUGCUGGAAGAGGCUGAGUUCCAGCGGAAGGAAUUCCUGCGGAAGCAAGGCCCUCACUUUGCGGAGUACCUGCACUGGGACGUUACAGAGGAGUGUGAGGUCCGGCUCAUGUGUAAGGUGGCCAACACUAAGAAGGAGACUGUGUUCAAAUGGCUCAAGGACGACGUGCUGUGUGAGACGGAGGCACCACCCGACUUGGAGAAGGGUGUCUGUGAACUGCUCAUACCCAAGCUCUCCAAGAAGGACCAUGGCGAAUACAAGGCGACCCUGAAGGAUGAGAGAGGCCAAGACACAUCAACCCUGGACAUUGCUGGCAAAGUGUACGAGGACAUGAUUCUGGCCAUGAGCAGAGUCUGUGGGAUGUCUGCCUCCCCACUGAAGGUUCUCUGUACCCCUGAUGGCAUUCGGCUGCAGUGUUUCAUGAAGUUCUUCACGGAGGAGAUGAAGGUGAACUGGUACCACAAAGAGGCUAAGAUUUCAUCCAGUGAGCACCUGCGGAUUGGAGGCAGUGAGGAGAUGGCGUGGCUGCAGAUAUGUGAGCCUACGGAGAAGGACAAAGGCAAAUACACUUUUGAGAUCUUCGAUGGCAAAGACAACCAUCAGCGCUCGCUCGACUUGUCAGGACAAGCCUUUGAUGAAGCCUUCGCAGAAUUCCAGCAGCUCAAGGCUGCGGCAUUUGCAGAGAAAAAUCGUGGCAAGGUGAUUGGCGGUUUGCCUGAUGUGGUGACCAUCAUGGAAGGCAAGACCCUGAACCUGACCUGCACCGUGUUCGGCAACCCUGAUCCUGAGGUGACGUGGUUUAAGAAUGACCAGCACAUUGAGCUGAGCGAUCACUUCUCUGUGAAGGUGGAGCAGGCCAAGUAUGUGAGCCUGACCAUCCAAGGCGUGACCGCCGAGGACUCGGGCAAGUACAGCAUCAGCGUCAAGAACAAGUAUGGUGGCGAGAAGAUUGACGUUACCGUCAGCGUGUACAAGCAUGGCGAGAAGAUCCCGGAGGCUACUCUGCCCCAGCAGGCCAAGCCCAAGCUUAUCCCUGCCGCGGCGGCCGACUAGGCUGGGCGGGUUGCAGGCCACCAUGGAGCUUUCACUUGGCAUUGGCACUUUUUGUUUCAUGUUCUUUUAAGGGAGGAGCUGAAGUCUGUCGCAGGCUUAGUGCCCUCAGCUCCGGGGGAAGUGCAGGUGCCCACCCGUGUGGCUUGGCUGCUGUGGGCUGGGAGCUGGCAGUGCCCUGCCUCUGGAGUAUCUCUUGCUUCAGGCUAAUAAAGCUCCACCAGGCG